UUUGCAUCUCACUCUGUUUAAGCUUGACGGUUAGAUGCUCCAGAAAAAGCUCCCAGAUGUCUCUUCUAUCGGCUCUCGGGUUAGUGUGGCUGGUCUGUGGCUUCACCUGUGUGUGUGAGGCUGCUCUGGACGCUAAGGCAGCCUCUAAAAAGCACUGUGACCACCGAAAAACCUGUGAGGGAAUAGCGUAUGACAUCCGCGAGGCUGUGUGCUGUGAGAAGAAACUUCAUUCAGGGGCAGUGCUGUCAUGCUGUGGAAACCAGCCUUACAACCCUGCCGUAGCCACGUGUUGUAAAGUAGAGCAAAAAUGCACAUUGCAUGUUAAUGUUACACUGGGUCUAAGUGAAGAGGUGUCAGCUUGCUGCGGACUGGAAGCCUACAACCCACUCAAUGAAAUGUGCUGUCAGUCAACCGUCGUGCCCAAACCUGUGCCAAAGGCCCAAUGUUGUGGUAAAGAUGCUUUUGAUGUGGACAAGCAGCUGUGUUGUGGACCGCUUAAUAAUAAAACUAUCCUGACACGGAAGUCUAGUCACCACCAGUGCUGUGGUCAUGCCCAGUACGACACUUUGAAGGAGUGCUGCUUUUGGAAUGAUGAAAUCUCUGAAGUACAUCCGCUGAAUUCCAGCAGUUGUGCAAAUGAGUCAGCUCAGAUCGUGUCAGCUCUAUGCUUUCAGUCAUCUACCACUGCCACACUUCCACCACAAGCCCAAUAUUGUGACAAAGAGGUUUUUGAUGUGGACAAGCAGCUGUGUUGUGGACCGUAUAAUAAUAAAACAAUUCUGACACGGAAAUCUAGUCACCACCAGUGCUGUGGUCAUGGCCAGUAUGACACUUUGAAGGAGUGCUGCUUUUGGAAUGAUGAAAUCUCUGAGGUACAUCCACUGAACUCCAGCCAUUGUGCAAGUGGACACGCGCCGAAAUCACCUCAACCCAACUGCACCAAGCCAGACCUAAGUUUAUGUGGGUCUUCAUGUUACAACCCGAAAGAAUUCCACUGCUGUGAGAGAAACCAGACAAAGACUCCUUGGUGCGGCAGUGCAGGUCAAUGUGAUGGUGUCCCCACUGUGUAUAACCCACGCACACAAUUCUGCUGUGAUGGCUGUGUAUUGGAGUUGAAGUCUUGGAGAGAUCAAGACAGAGAAGAUGGUGAAGAAUUUUCAGAGAUCAGUAUUCCUUACAACCCAGCUAAAGGGACUGUAUGUUGUUUUCAGUUUCACGGCUCACCUGGACAACACUGCUGUGGGACAGAGAUAUACCAGCCUCACACUGAGAUCUGCUGCGAUGGACACAGACACCCAAAAGUAGAAAACGGUCAUUGCUGUGGGAUUAAAGCCUACAACACGAAAGACCCACAGAUGAAGUGCUGUGCAGGGACACUGCACAAUGUGACAUCCCUAAGCGGGACGAGAGAAUGCUGUGGAUCCAGUCUGCAAAAUCCAGAGGAUGUUUGCUGCUCAAGUGAGGACAAGGAAUUGCUUUAUUCUAACAAGAAAGGGUUCAGAUGCUGUGGCCACCUCUACUACAACACCUCUCUGUGGUCGUGCUGUGCAGGGACAUUAAGUCCAUUACAUCAACCACACCAGUGUCAGGACAAGAUCAAAGAAUCAAGAUUUCUAUCAGUGAGCAACCUGAAUGACACACAUCUUUGCGAAGAAAUGAAAAUCGGGACCGUGGAAAGUGUGUCUCCGCACAGCAUUGUCUUCAGCAGCGCGCUGAAAAUCCAUGGGAUGAAUGCCACUGUCAGUCCUCUGCCCACACCUUACAUCCUCAAAACAGACUACUGCAACUUCCCUAAACUGAUCCCUGGCAAGACCUACUUCUUUGAUGAAGUUACUUUCUUCACUGAUUUCAGCCAUGACUCUGUUUUUCAGUCACUCCAUUUCAUUGUUUCCAAAUGUUAUCCAAUUGAAACUCCUUAAUCAGUUCCUGUGCUCAACAGCUUACUUGAAAAACGUUAUCAGCCGCUUCUUAGUUAUUAUUCACUGAUAAAGUAAUUACAUUACUCAUAACUCAUUAGCAGCAGUUUUUAGUUUCCUUGCUUGUCAUGUUAGUUUAUCCCACGAAAAGGUGUCUUUCAACAUACACCAGAGAAAAAUAUGAGCUGUGGGCCCUUCCACCUCUGGCCUCAUAAAAAUAGAGUUUGCAAAGAAACUCCCUUUUAUUGUUUCUGUAGCUUUCAGAAAGUAACAACAUACCGACUUAUUGUUAAGCUGUGUGUAGGUGAGAGAGGAGCCAGGCAUUGUACUUUCCAG